ACAUUUGCAGCUUUAAAAUGGAACAGUUUGAAACUUCACCUAUGCUGCCGUCUUGACAGCGCCAUCCCUUAAUCCCGGCUUAUUCUAGGUCUGGACCCCUGUGCCAUGGGACAUGACUGCGAACACAUAUGCGUCAACAGCAACGCCUCCUAUUACUGCAAGUGCCGGAAUGGUUAUAUCUUGAAUGCGGACAAGAAAACAUGUUCCCUGAAACAGGUGAAGAUGGAGGUGGUGGAGGAUCCCUGUAAAUGUGAAGCCCGGUUGGCAUUCCAGAAGCAGACACAAGCCACCAUCCAGCAGCUCACGGCCAAGCUAGCCGAUGUGUCAGGGAGAAUCGAGCGUCUGGAGAACAUGGUGGGCCGCGCCUAGAGGUGGACUCGGCGAUGAGGCUAACUGGUUUUCCUCCUGUCAGAGCCACGGACCUCUGCAACACUGACAUGUGCUUCCUGUCCUCCACCAUCCCAUAAUACUAUAUGGAUUCCAAGCACGGACUGAGACAAACUGUGAUUCAUAAACCAACAUCCCUCAAGUUACUAACAGAUGUGGACUGUUAUGUAGCCUCUGGACUAGAAACUGCUGUAAAAGCUACUUAUUUUUUCUUUAAAAACACUUUUAUGAAUAGUGUAGUAUAGUGAAAGAAACGUCUUUUUUUUUAAGUUUUCCCUGUAGUG